AUGGCUCCACCUCAAGGCUCUCCAACCAACAAAGGUGGAUUCCCCACCUUCCCAGUGUUUCCUUCCCCCUCCUUCCUCAUCGCGCUAGAGGCCUCAGGUUGGUGCCUCGCCUGUCUGCAGGGAGUCAGGGCACGCUGGGGGGAACUGCCCCCUCCAAGAGGAGGAGGAACAGCUGCCAGCUUGAUUGCCGAGGAAAUGGAAGGGGGGUCGUCCCCAGAGGCGAGCCAAGAAGCCAUGUUCUGUCGGUUUUGUGUGCCUGCGUACAACCAGAUCAGAAAACACGUGUUUGUGGAAACUGUGAUGAGCUGGUCUGGAGCUCAGAGCUACUGUAGAGAGAAGCACACAGACCUGGCCACUGUGCGCAGCCAGGAAGAAGCAGAGCAGCUCUUAAAUAUUGCAGGAGCUUCUCUCUGGGGUUCCUGGAUCGGGCUGUAUCGUGAUGACACACAGAACUGGCAGUGGUCUAACAGCGAUGAUGUCAUCUACUCCAACUGGAGGGCAGACGUCUUCUGUGCUUCAGUCAAUUCAGAUGGAAAGUGGACUGAUUUACCCUGCCACCUUCAGGAAGCCUUCAUGUGCUACAAAGAGACCAGCAACAUAACUGAGAGAUACACCCUGAUUGAAGAACUGAAAACCUGGACUGAAGCUCAGCAGUACUGUAGAGAACACCACACCGACCUCGUCAGUAUAAAGAACGCCAGUGAAAAUGAAGACCUAGUGAAGAAAGCGCAGGGCAAGCCCUUCUGGAUAGGCCUGUUCAAUGAGCCCUGGAAGUGGUCACACCAGGGGGAUAACUACACAUUUCACACCUGGAACUAUGGGGAACCAAACAAUAGGGGAGGCGAUCAGAACUGUGUGAUGAUGAGUAAGACUGGUGAAUGGUUUGACUAUGGCUGCAACAAUCAGAAGUCCUUCUUCUGCUGUGAGGUGGAAUUCUUUUCUCUGAAGAACAUGUUUUCACUCAUCUUUAUUGUGCUGUCCCCUCUACCCAGGCAGCUCCUCUGGUCAGUGUUUCUAUGA